AUGCUCAUGAAGAAGAUGUGGAUAGUGGAGGAGCGGAAGGACAAGACCGUGUACCGUCGCCGCUGUCCCACCGGCGGAGAAGUCCUCUCCUUCUUCUUUGUCUCGGCAUGCGCUCUGCUCUUCCUGCUCAUCUGCACCAUCCUCUAUGGCACGCGCACACAGAACCCCUCCUUACCGCCGCUAGUCAAGGAGUACAUGCCUGCAGGACGCUGUCUGUGCGAGUUCAGUACCACUUUCUCAUGCGACACUUGUCUGGACUGUGCCUCCAACCAGGCCAUUCUCGCGACCAAUGCAACAGAAUUGGAGCAACAUAAUCUUUGGACUUUCACCUAUCCGCGGGACAAGAACAACUAUGGCCUGGAUGAGGCCCAGUGCGACAGCGCUUUCCCCGGUCAAUACGAGGACAUUGAGCGCGCGGUCAAAGUCAGGAACCGCUGGGGCAAGGUCACACAGGCGGAUCUCAACAGUUUUGAACUCACAAAGGGCAUGGUCAGGGCUAUGAUUUAUGACCGAGAGCUCUACGUCCUCGAAACUCAUAUGGUCGAUAACGUCAACCGCCAAAAAGCCAUUGCAACCCUCAGUGCCAUCUAUCGCGCCGUUCUCGCUGCCCCCUCAACCGCCGAUAUUCCAAACAUUGAGUUUGUCUUCUCUGUCGAAGACCUCCCUGCUCAGCCCGCGAAGCCGAUAUGGUCCCUUACCCGUCGUGUCCAAGAUCACAACCUGUGGUUGAUACCUGAUUUUGGCUUCUGGAGCUGGGAUAUGCCUGCACUGGGUACGCUGGAAGAGGUUGCGCAAGAGGCUGUGCAGCGAGAAACCGUCGAGUCGUGGGAUCAGAAAAUUGAGAAGUUGGUCUGGAGAGGCAAGAUUACCUUCGCGCCCAAACUACGGAGAGCGCUGCUUGAUGCUGCCAAGGGCAAACCAUGGAGUGACGUCGGGCAACUCAAGUGGACAGAUCCAAAUUUCAAAGAGCAAUUCUUGGGCCCAGUGGAUCAGUGUAAUUACAUGUUCAUUGCCCAUGCUGAAGGUCGUUCCUACUCUGGCUCCCUGAAGUACCGCCAGCUCUGCCGCUCCGUAAUCGUCUCGCACAAACUGCAAUGGAUACAACAUCACCACUACCUCUUCCGUUCUAACGGAUCAAACCAAAACUUUGUCGAAGUAGAACGCGACUUCUCCGACCUUUCCUCCGCCAUGGAAGACUUGUUAGACCACCCAGAAAAGGCAAAGCGCAUUGCAGACAAUUCGGUGCAAGUGUUCAGAGAAAGAUAUCUGACGCAAGCAGCUGAAGCAUGUUAUUGGCGCAAGCUGAUGAAGCGGUGGAGAGACGUCGUGGACUGGGAACCACAGCUAUAUGCCGGCGUCGGUGCUGAGGGCACAGACCGUAAUAGGGAGAAGAGGAGGGGUGUUCGUUACGAGACGUUCAUGCUUUAUGAACCCAAAGUCCAGCUCAGCUACCCUGAGUCAGCCACUUGA